AGUAGACAGCAGCGAGAGAGACGGAAUUUGUAUGUUCGUGUGUAACAGAAAGUAAGGGAGAGUCUGACAGAGGUGCUGGGCCUGUUCCGUGCUGAGGACGGAGUGUCAGAGGAGUGUAAUUGGUGUUCUGUGGCUGUCGUCAGUCCGUCGCCAUAUUUGUUUAUAUCGUUGAAUGGGGGAGGUCUCGAAACAGUUUCCGUUCGAGUUGUGAGUGAAAGCCCUUCGUGUAUGAGCUUGUGGGGCCCCAGAGCAUCCAGCUGCAAGCGAUGCCGCUCUGAUAAAGCUGCUGGGUAGUGUUGGUGCUUGCGAAAUCGAAGGGUCCCCGUCUGUCCUUUGUCCGCGGUCAUCGAGAAUCGCUGUUUCCUUUAGUGUUGUUCGGUGGUGACAGGAACCCUGGCUGCUGCGGCGGGAGGUGGUAAUGGUGCAGCUGCAGGAGGUGAUGAGGCGGCAGCGGCUGCUAUGCUGGACUGGGAGGAGGGCGACAGGUUCAGCUUCGAGGACUCCGACCGCUUCGAGGAGGACUCCCUGUGCAGUUGGAGCUCGGAGCCGGAGAGCCUCUGCAAUAACUGGAGGGGCUGGAAGAAACCGGCCACCGGCACGGCGGCCACUUAUUUCGGAGGUGCCAGCAAACGACCGGCCGAAGAUGUGUCAACCGUGCCAUCGUUGACCGAACUAGCGGCGAAAUGUGUUGCGUCUCACAUCCCGUUCGAGCUGGUCGAGCACUUCUAUCCACCCGUGCCCGAACAGCUUCAGCUGCGAAUCGCCUUUUGGAGCUUCCCCGACAACGAGGAGGACAUCAGGUUGUACUCUUGCUUGGCAAACGGGUCGGCUGAUGAGUUCGCUCGUGGCGAGAGCCUCCAUCGCAAUCAUAUGGUCAAGGAGCCGUUGCAAAUAGGUUUUCAUCUGUCAGCCAGUGUUCAACAGCAGAGUGGCGGCAAUGGUGGCGGCGGCGGAGGAGGUGGUGCCGGCGGUGGCGGUGGAACGGCGGGUGCCGGAGGAGGUCGUGGCCAAUUUAACAACGUGGCCGUGACCUUCGAUCGGCGCCGCAUCUCUUCUUGCAACUGCACCUGCACGUCGACGGCGUACUGGUGCUCGCAUGUCGUAGCCGUUUGUCUCACACGUAUCCAUUGGCCACAUCUGGUCACUCUCCGGGCUCCCGUUUCCGAAUCCUUGAGCCGGUUACAUCGCGAACAGCUUCAAAAGUUUGCUCAGUACCUCAUCAGCGAACUCCCUCAGCAAAUACUGCCGACAGCGCAGCGUUUGCUCGAUGAACUCCUCGGCUCGCAACCGUCAGCCAUCAAUUCAGUAUGCGGUGCACCCGAUCCGACGGCAGGGGCGUCGCUCAACGAUCAGACGUCGUGGUAUUUGGACGAGAAGACACUGCACGACAACAUCAAGAAAAUAUUGAUCAAGUUUUGUGUGCCGGCGCCAAUGGUGUUCAGUGAUGUAAAUUAUUUGAGCACCGUUGCGCCUCCUGCGGCUGCGGAAUGGACCUCUCUUCUAAGACCAUUGAGGGGGCGCGAACCUGAAGGCAUGUGGAAUUUGCUGAGCAUCGUGAGGGAGAUGUUUAAAAGGAAUGAUCGUAAUGCCAUUCCUCUUCUUGAGAUCAUCACCGAGGAGUGUUUGGCUUGCGAACAGAUUCUUAUUUGGUGGUUUAACACAAAGGUGGCAUUGUUGAGUGGAAGUUCCGGAUAUGGUGGUAGUGGCGGAGGCAAGCACAAUAACGUGAACAGCAACACGCACGCUUCUCAACAUGCGUGUUCGUCUUUGUGCGAGGAAGUGGUCGUUUUAUGGAGACUGGCGGCCCUUAAUCCCGGUCUGGCUCCUCAUGAAAGGGACAUGUUACACAAUCAGUUUUCAACUUGGCACAUGAAAAUUGUCGAAAAAGUUAACAAGUGUCGAAGUACUUCGACUUCUCAAUCAAGCUUCAAUAAAAAUAGUUCUUUAAAAGCAGACCUGGAAGUAUUCACAGGUUUUAAACCGGCCGUCGAAGCUUGCUAUCUGGAUUGGGAUGACUAUCCUAUGCCGGGGAUUACUUACACCCACGACAUCAAUCCUAUGUAUCAUUGCCCAUUCACAUGUUUUAGACAUGGCUCUGACAGUCGGGCGGAAGGUCAAGUGACGCAAGUUAAUUCAAGCAAGGCGGUGUUAAAUUGCGAACACCCGCAUUCAAACGCAGCUUCAAGUAGUCACUCCCACCACCACCAUCACCACCAUCACCAUCAUCAUUCCCGUGUUACCCGCUUUGAUUUCGUGGAUGUGAUGAGUCUGAACCCAGUUGAAUAUUCCCCUCCUCAUCCCGCUCAUUCACACCAGUUACCAGGACAAAGGGGGAACGGUGGUACAGGCAGUGGGGGCGGUGGAGGCGGCAACAGAUCCAGUGUAAGCAGUGAAGGUUUCUGCGAGGUGGACGAUGAUCUCAGUAUGAUGGCUCCAGGGAGAGAUCAAGAUUAUGAUUCUCAAGAAGGUGGUGGCAGCGAUUCCUCGAGUAGCAGUUGCAGUGUAGAUAGCACCACUCCAUCUACGGCUCAACAUUCCAACAACGUUAGUGACAUCGAUGCUAAUAAGCAAAACUAUGUGGGCCCUAUGGGAGCACCAGAUAAUGGACAACAAAAUUAUUCAAUAGAUCCCAUCAGUCAUCAUGAGAUGUCCAAGUUGAAUAAUACUUUGGCAAAUUCUACAGCAGGUGCCUCUAGUUCGGCUUCGUGGGCGAAAGUGACUGACGAUGACUUAAAUGCGUCGCGUAGAGCUUCGAAGGAUGAAUCCACAUCUUCUUCGAAUUCGGAGUCUCCUCCCAGCAGUGAUGAAUAUAACGUGUAUUUUUAUAACAGUAAAGAUGUUAAUGUAGCUGUUAACUCAACGCCAAAAGAGAACAAGUCGGACGGAGGGGAAGAUAAAGGUGUAAUGUUCUCCAGCUUGAGGAGGUGCGACGAUCCGUGGGAUGUUCUGUUUGCAAGAGCUGAAGGCCUUCAUGCACAUGGGCAUGGAAAGGAAGCCUGUAUCUUAGGUGUAAAACUGGCAGAAGAGCUCUUAGCCAAUCCGCCUGAUCUUAUGAUCGAGAUACCUCCCGUGCCGAAACGGAAAGGCAAGAAACAGCAGUUAAAUCCGGCUACACACCAACUCAGUUGUUUAGCAUCUGGCACGUUGGCCAAAUGCGCAUUUCUCUGUUCGGUUCUAGCCGAAAACAGUGAGCAUUCGCACUUGGCGUUCCGCGUGGGCAUGUUUGGACUCGAAAUGGCCAGGCCUCCUGCUAGUACCAAACCUCUGGAGGUUAAGUUGGCGAAUCAAGAGACUGAUCUCGUUAGUUUAUUAAAGAGAAUACCUUUAGGACACAAAGAAUUGCAAAUAUUACGUGAAAGAGCUGAACAUUUGAAAGAUGGAACGUUGAAGUCCAGAGGAGAGGCGAUGUUACCCAUAAUGUUAGCUAGUUUUAUAUUUGAUGCUUUGGUAAUACCGAGCGUAAUUGGGAGAGAUCGUGUUAAAAUUAUGAACAUGCGUUUGCCGACGGACGAACCGUUGGGAUUUGAAGCUGCGGUUGCUGCUUUAGGAUUGAAGGCGAACGUUUCAGAGGCUGAUCAUCCACUUCUAUGUGAAGGGACAAGACGUCAAAGAGGUGAACUGGCAAUUACCCUUUUAACAUUUUACAAAGACGAUUGCUGGAAAGUUGCAAGAAUAAUGGAUAGAUUAUUGGACAGAGAAAUACAUCAACUUCUGAAAUCACCUAUUACCAGCUCCUAUUAUUCAAGUAAUCCACCAAUAAAAAGUCAAUUUACGAACCUUCGUCGCGAAGAUUGUGACAAAGUAAUGACGCCACUCAGCUCCUUCAUUCCACCAUCUGAAAUCCUGCCCACUGACAUCAAUUGCUGUAGCAGACCUCACAGUUCAACCAGUGCUGAAGUGGAACAAGGUAUGGCGAAUCUCUCAAUGAAUCCACAAUCAGCUUCGAUGCAAGGCCAACCUUCAGCAGUGGUCACGAGAGCCAAAGAGAACCGUUACAAGGGCAAGCGUGCCUACCCAUCAAUACCCAAUCAGCCAAGUGAGGCAGGAGCACACUUUAUGUUUGAACUGGCCAAAACGGUCCUGAACAAAGCUGGAGGUACCAGCAGUACAUCGCUCUUUACGCAGGCUUCCACCAGUCAAAACCACCACGGGCCCCAUCGGGCACUUCACAUGUGUGCUUUCCAAUUAGGAUUGUAUGCUCUCGGACUGCAUAAUUGCGUUAGCCCGAAUUGGCUCAGCCGGACAUAUUCCUCUCACGUGUCGUGGAUCACAGGACAAGCCAUGGAAAUUGGUGCAUCAGCUAUAUCGUUCCUAAUCGACACAUGGGAGGGACACUUAACUCCACCUGAGGCAGCGAGUAUUGCCGACCGAGCUUCAAGAGGUUGUGACUUAAAUAUGGUACGGGCCGCCGCCGAACUGGCCCUUUCCUGUCUACCGCAUUCACAUGCUCUAAAUCCUAAUGAAAUUCAACGUGCCAUCCUUCAGUGCAAGGAACAAAGUGACGACAUGUUGGAACACGCCUGUCUCACUGUCGAGUCUGCAGCCAAGGGUGGCGGAGUAUAUCCAGAAGUACUAUUCCAGGUUGCCAAAUACUGGUAUGAGUUGUAUGUCAGACAUACACCUGGGGGUGACCAACUUUUGGACAGUGAAAUGCCUCACGACCCAAUCAUGGAUCCGCACGGACCUCUAGUUGCGUUGAUAGAACAACCAGUUGUGCCUCAAGACGUGCCACCACAAGCGCAACAAGUCGUUGUGACAACGGCGCCGCCCCCACCGUAUACGCAUGCCGCACCCGUAGGCAUGUACGCAGUCGGCCACUACAACUUCGUAUCUCAUCAGGCCAUGGGUUAUGGGGGCCCUAUACACCCCCUGCACCAGAUGCCACCGCCUCCGCCGCCUGCUCACGUCCAAAUGUACCAGUUUCCAUAUCCGGCUCCUGCUCCACCUCCAAACGGUGGUCCUCCGCCACCUCAGUUCACACCUGCUCCCACCUCAUAUGCCACAAUGCCACCGCCGCAACAAACGGCUUUCACCAGUGCACCGUCACAAUACGUAGGCCCGCAAUCGGCACCGCCUCCGCAGGGAGCAUUUGGCAAUCCACCGCAAGGCGCUACCGCAGCGCCACCGCCGUCGAUGCAGUAUUACGGGCCGGCGGUGACUAUAGCUCAACCGGUUCAAGGCAUGAGACCUCCUCCGACACAUAUGUACCCUCCGGUCCAACCGCCGCCGGGAAUGGUGGCGGCCGCAGGCGGUGCAUCUGUUGUCGCACCUCCACCUCAGCAAAAUGUGGCUGUUGCAGUGGCGGCCAGACCUCAUAGGCCCCAUCAAUUCAAUCAGACGCAGUUACGCUAUCUACUAAUAGCGUAUCGCGUAGGAAUGUUGGCGCUUGAGACGCUAGCGAGGCGGGUCCAUGAUGACCGGCCCCAAGCAAAAUAUGCUCGCAAUCCGCCCUACGGUGAGGACGUCAAAUGGCUAUUGAGGAUAUCGAAACAUCUAGGUACUCAAUACUUGCAUCACUUUUGUGUGUGCGCCGUAAAUUCCAUCGUGAGUCCGUUUGUUUUGCACGACGUUGCCAUCGAAGCGGCCCAAUAUCUGUCCCGCAACAACCCGGGCCUUGUUAUGCAGCAUUUGCGCACCGGCUUAACUCCACUCGUGCAAAAGAGCCAGCAGAUGUACAUUCAGUGCAUGCACCAAAAAUUGUACCACCUGACUCCCGCCGACUACGAAGAUUUCGUAACAAUAGUCUGCGCCGCCAGGGCGGCUUUCCAAAUCACUCCCGACGGCACGACGCAAUUCAAGGAGUGGCUGCAAUCUAUCAGAAGAUCGAAGUCGUGCAAGAAAGAUCUCUGGGCCCAAAUCAAUUCUGCGCUGCAAGCUAACAGCAAAUGACAAAGGUCAGAUUUAGGUGCCCAAGGUAGUAAUAGCAGUUCCCCCCUUAAUCCGCCUAGUAACCGAACAACAUUGCAAGCGGAACCGUCGACCACCCCCGUAACUGUUACACCGCAACCACACUCGCAACAGGAGUUCGGCGAGUCCGUCGAACAGCAACAACAACAGGCGUUUUAUAUCUAUCCGUCGGAGUACGCGGCUGCGGGCGUGUACGUCACAACGCCGUAUGUCGUGCCGAUGGACGCGGUGCCCUACGUCAGCGAUCCGCAGUAUGUUUGGAUCCCCUGCAUUUCCGACAGCUCCACCCCGCCGCCACCCAGUUGACUUUCUAGAGACGCGUCGCUGGACUGAAACUGACCGAGAGUGACAGCCUCGCUCCGUUUUAGUCCUGCAGCCGAAGUCAGCACUUGAAAAGCAAUAGUUUUUGAGUAUUCUAUCGAUCGGAAGGUUCUUCGGAUGUCUAUUUUAUAAAUUAUGUAGGGUAGGUCCAUUUGGUUAUACGGUAUCGCCUUCUGGUACCAAAAUAAAUAAAAGGAAGCAUCGUUACAUAGGUGUACUCAAGUGUUUCGCUAUAAAAAUGCUCAGGUCUCUAACCAUCUCUGCCUUUAUGUAGGUAAAGUUACAUAUUAAGUAGCAAAUUAUUUUUUUUAUGGAACCGUCUACCACUCUAUUAUUACAUCACGUCUAUUUAUCAGCAUUCCAUAUCGACUAUGUCUCGGAUUACGCGAAUUUUAACGUCAUCUUUUUCUCCAUCUGUUUUCAUCCACAGUAUCAUGAUUCUGUAAAUCUAAUUUAAUAAUAAUAAUAAUAAUAAUAAUACAAAAUUAUUGCAUUAUUAUUUAUCAUUAAUUUUUGAAUUGCAGAAAAAUUAAGCAAAUUAAGUACUUCGAAUCUUAUUUUUACCAGCAGGUAGCACACAACUUUAAUCAUACUUCAGUGCUCAUGGUGUUUAAUUACCUCAAAUGAAAAGGCUGUUCUUAGUUUUACUUUAAAAAGACAAUGACGGAGAAAUAAAUAUUAAACUUAUACCUCAUUCUGCGUUGUUCGUAUAUCGAGAUCUUACUUUAAAGUAUGUACGAAGGCUGUUUUAUAGUUUAAUAUCAUUUAGAUAACACCAUUUAGAAAUUAUAGUCGAUCUGGGAAGGUUCAAAAUCAUCCGCUGAUUUCAUUAAUUUAGUAUGUCAUACAGCGACGAUCUUACUUUACAUUUAUAGUAUAUUUAGUUUUCGUUUAUAUCUUCAUUUUUAAUCCAUUUAUAAUUAAUCAGUUAUUUUAUUACACAAUCGACUGGUUGGCCAGAUUCCAUCAGAUAAUUGUAAAACGAUUACAUUAUUCUGGCCGAAGUUUAAAUCUGUACAAAAUCAUUAGACUAGUUCAUUAUCAUGUGAAAUUAAUUUAAGUGUAUUAAAUUUUAUUUGAACAAUACCUGAAACGUUACUUUUAUUAAUAAUAGAUGUAAUACCAAAUGCCAGUUUAUAUCAAAGAACGAGUCUAAGAGGGAGUACAGAAUCAUUGUUAGUUUAAAUAUAUUUUUCAUUAUGCUGUUUUCGUUCAACACUAGUGUUAAGAACUUAGAUAGUAAAUGUUUAUGAAUGUGUUGAUGAAUCGAUUUGUUUAUUGUUUCCGUUUUACUUCAAUUUUUGAUCGAGUGUCUUUUUGUGCCACACACGACACUUCUACAACAAAUUAUGGUUGUGUUCACUUUUUACAUUUUGCAGGUGAAAUAACUGACCGGUUAAUGCAAAACACUUUCAAACAUAUUUGAAGGGUUAAUGAUCUUUAAAUAUUUUUAUACUCCAUGGAAACUAUGGUUUGAAAUUGUUUUGCAGAAAUGUAAUAUAUUAGAAAGAUGCAACGGCCCAUCGUUUACAUGAUCUCAAUUAUGUAUAUUUCAGGUGUAACGUUUCGACGUGAUCUUACAUAAAAAAAUUAACAAAAAGACUAUAUUUAUACAUUUGACUUUGCGCUGCAUUUAUGAAAAUUCAAUAAAUUUCAUCAUAUCCAUGACGUCUCGUGUUAUAAUUAAAUGUAGUGCACAGUUUCUGACUCGGUGCCUUCCAGUUUUACAGUUACAGUAUUUAUUUGUAUCAAAGUAUAUCAUUUUUGUAUAAAUCUAAGAUCACGUGGAGACGUUUGUGCAGCAAUCUAACAUUCAAAAGACUUUAGAUUUCAACGCUUGAAAUCGAAAGUUUAUUGAUGUGGCAGGACUUGUUAAUUAUAGUUUUAUUUUUUGAGUAGUUUUUCAUAUACACUAAUGUGUAGGUAAUUGAUUUAAUUAGGUUAGUUACGUGUAACGUAUCUUAAGCAGUGCCGUUGACUUUAUCGAAAUAUGAUUUACAACGUUUUUGUAUAAAUAUAUAAAUGUAAUUGAAAAAACAGUUUUCGUUCAGUAUAUUUCAUAGCUGUAUAAAAUAACAGAGAUUGCACAUACUGUGUAUGUCAUAUUUCUUUAAUUCAAUUCACAAGAGAGAAAAAAGGGCUGAUUUAUUAAAUAUGUAUAAAUAGAAAAAUUCAUAUUUGAAACUAAACUAAAAACUUGAUGUAUAAAGUA